AAAAAGGGCGUUAAUGCGCAAGCGCGCACACAGAAGCGCACACACACGCUGGGCUUCGAUCCGUGCGCAAUAAAAGGGUUCACAAUUUCUUUCCCAACCGGGACCAUGUUACGGCAAAGAGAGCGGAUUAACCAGACGAGCUGAGAACCAUCGGGAAUGAGGCUGUGAACCCAUAGACGCCCAUGUGGACUGCAAUAUGAAGACAUUAACUUAAACCAGAGGUCUGCCGGAAAUGAAUUCUCAUUUCUGUGACUUCAUGAUGGAUUACCUGUGACUCUUGGCUGGAAAUACAAUCAAUACCUAAAAAAGAACCAAACGGACUAUUCAUUCCUGCCAUAUUACUUGUCAAUCGACACUAGUUUUGGAUUGUAAACAAGAUUCAUUUUAUAACCCCUUCAACUCCUCUGGCUGGUUCAGUGGGAAAGUAGACAAUCAAAAGCAAGUUCUGGGGUAAUCAUGUUAAAGUCUGAAGUAACCAUCUUGCACUGAUUUCUUCACUUUUCAUCUGGCCUAACCAUGCUGCUGAAGAAAAAGUUGUGCAUCGUUGCCUUGUUCGGAGGUAUCCUGUUUUUUAUGAUCGCCUCUCACACCAUUCAUAAGAACAGCUUCGACAUGGACACGGCUGCUCACAGUAGCGCCAGGACUUUAACUGAGAUUGGUAAACGUCGCUCGUGUAGCUGCUCAAAUUGUAUCAAAGACCUAGGCGUUUCACCGUGGUUCGAUCAGCGUUUUGACUAUAAGCAGCAACCGUACCUUAGUGAUCGUGAAAAUCAAAUAGACCCAGUGUCAUUAAAGUGGUGGCAGGGCUUGCAGAGUUCAGCAAAUAUUUCCUUCAAUGAAACAAUCAAGAAGAUGUUUACAGUGAUUUCUCCUCCUGUGAAAAAAAGUCAUUCAAGACAGUGUCAGAAAUGUGCUGUGGUUGGAAAUUCAGGAAAUCUGCUGCAGUCCAAGUAUGGAGCUUUAAUAGACUCCCAUUCCACUGUCUUUCGGAUGAAUAAAGCUGUGACUUUGGGUUUUGAGCAAUAUGUUGGGAACAAGACCACUCACCACAUCAUGUACCCUGAGAGUGCUGUGGAUCUGGCCCCUGGUGUCCAUCUUGUCCUGCUGCCAUUUAAAUCGAGAGAUCUUGAGUGGCUGACCAGUGCCCUUUCAACUGGCAAAAUCAAAACGACCUACAUGAGAGUAAAAGAACUUGUGCAAGCAGAUAAAGAUAAGGUGAUGGUGGUGAACCCAAGCUUCUUUAAGUACACUCAUGACCGCUGGACAGAGCAAAAUGGCAGAUACCCCUCUACUGGCAUGCUGGCUAUUGUGUUUGCUCUACACCUCUGUGAUGAGGUGUCAGUGUUUGGUUAUGGGGCAGACUCACAGGGUAAUUGGCAUCACUACUGGGAAGAGAACAAGCAUGCAGGAGCCUUCCGCAAGACAGGGGUGCACAGCGCGGAUUUUGAACGAGAGAUCAUUCUGAAAUUACAUUCAGAAGGCAAAAUUAAACUCUACCCAAAGGAGCAAAGAAAGUCUCCUAAUGAUGUUAAUGAAUGAAUCAUGGCAACAUGUGCAUAUGACAUUGACAGAGCCAAAGAAGAGCUACAAACAGCUGUGAUCCACCCAGCUAGUGAGCAAUGCUGAACCAAACCAACUGACUAACAUGCUGUAUUCUUUCCAGACCAAACAAUCUUUUAUUAUUAUUAUUAUUAUUAUUAUUAUUAUUAUUAUUAUUAUUAUUAUUAUUAUUAUUAUUAUUAUUUAAAAGCCAUGUUGUACAUGUUUUGUGUUUUAUGCUGAACCAGUUCUCGUGAAGAUGCAGAAGAAAAUACAAACGCAUCUAUUGGGAGCAGCUUAAGGCUGAUUUGUACAACACUGUGCUACAACUGACAGCCGUAUAGACACUGGAGAUUUUAGACUAGUACAUCCUUAGUCUCCUUAAUGUACAUUGCAAUGACCAAACCCAUGGUAAACCCAUCGAUCACGUCCAAUACAACAAUUCUACUGCAGCUGACAGCAAUAUGUAGUUUGUAUUGGAGCAUAUGGAAAAUGGCAUUUUAUAGGUAUUGUUUUUUAGAACUGUAAUACGGUAUGAAUAUGCAUAUGGAUUUUACCAUAACAAUUAAGGAGACAGAACUACCAACAGUUAUUGAAAGGAAAAAGGCCAGCCUUUGUAGCUACGAUUGAAUAAGUUUUCACACUUCCACAUAACUCCUCUUGUUGGAACCAAGGGGGUGAAUAUUUAUGCAAUGUUGCUCUCAGCAUUGGAAAUCUGUGCCUUUUCCACAGCAGCACUGACCAAACAUAGAUAACACUUUAGUCAGUUUCCUCACUGAUAAUUUAACACUUCUUGCUUUUGUUAGUAAUAAGUGGGGUGCCUGAUUUUAAUCAUAGGCAUGAUGGGCAGUAUUGAAACAGUGGUGCUCAGUGUCAUCGUAUUAUUAAUGUAAUGAGUUUAAAUUGACCUGGAAAAUAUCAUUUUUAGUUUCAUGUCAGUAUUUCUGGCCAAGUUUCUUUGGUUAUAUGCCUGUGGUUUCAUUUGUUCUUUUAUGUUUAUUAAUGUAUUGUGUUUUUUCUUAUAGACUGUUGCCCUGUGUCAAAUAAGUGUUAUUCCUGUGGUCUGAGACGCAAAGUCUGCAUUGAGCACAAAUUCACUUAAAAGAUAAUCAUUCCAUUGAGCUGGAAAGAACAUAUAAAGAGAUGCCCUCUCUGAUUCUGUACACGCAUGAAAAUAAUUCAGUGAACAUUAAUGGUUUCAUUGUAUUAAUUUUUUUUUAAAUUAUAUAUUCAAAAUGAGAAACAACAAAUGGUUGAAAUUGUUUUUUAUUUCAGUUGAACUUCAUCAUAGAUUUGAAGCAAAGAUGAACAUUAUUUUCAGUUGUUAUGUCUGUUUAUUGGCAUCACAAACAUUAGCCACAGGCCUUACCUUGUACUCAAGUGUGCAAGUAGAAAAAUAAAGAAGUAAAUCACA